CCCUCCUCAAACCGCGAAGCCACCCUCGCGUUCUGCGCAUCGCAAGCGCCCCGGCGAGACCAACUCCGAGACAAGAUUCCUUCUUCGGCUACAUUAUUUUUCGCGAUCGUACGGGCGUCGCGAGCGAGGAUAAUCGUCGCCGCGAUCCCGCUCGUAGUAAAGACCACCGCCACAAAUUCCGCGUCCCGUUGUCGCGGUGUACACGAGAGUUAUUGAUUCCCAUCGCGAGUGGACGGUGGCGGUUCGUCGGAGCACACCUGCUCGCAAAGGUUUGAAGAACUUGAGUAAUCUACGUUAACUAACGGAAGCCAAGAUGAAGAUUGGAUUGCUGAAGAAUUUUUUGCACUAUUUCAAUCUGAGGCAGGGCACGAUACUAAUUGCCAUAUUCCAAUUGUUUUCGUCCGGAUUCAGUAUGAUAUUCUUCAUUCUGGCUCUGGCUCACGCAAUGGGGAUUCAGGAAAUGGUGGUGAGGGACACUGAAGAUGCCCUCGAAAGGGAGGCCUUGGAAGAGAUUUCUUCAAACCAUCUCAAUACGAAAAAAAUGGACUUGGCACAUCACAACGCAACCGAAAUGGUAUACGCGAUGUACUGUGGUCUCGUCAUCACAGUUAUUCACUUUAUCUCCACCAUGUUACUCCUCUACGGAGCUCUGACGAGCAAUCGUCAUUUCAUGGCACCCUGGAUGAUGGUCAAAAUCACUAUUAUAUCAGCCUUAGCAAUCUCAUUGUUCCUGGUAGAAGAAGAUUGUCCUUUCCUUGCAACUCUAGGUGGAAGAGCUGGUAUUUGCGAACGCCUAAUCGCCUUUUUUCUGAUAAUCAUGAGCUUUUACGUCUGGUUCGUGGUAUACAGUACUUAUAAAAGCCUCGAGACGAAGAAGGGACUCACGCACGAAGUGCACAGUAUGAAAAAAAAGUACGCAGUGCCCGUACAACUAGAAAUACCAAAGGCAAUCCAGGUUUCGGUGAACAAACCCUACGAACUUUAAAAAUAUUAUGAGAGCACUGGAGCAUUUAAUCGUCAAUGAAGAUGGGGGAAUCCAUGAUGUCGUAAAAACAAAUGCUUUCGGAAAUCGGGAUGAUAAUUUAGAGGUGAUUGCAAAAUCAUAUGAAAUGAAAGUUAUCUCGAAAAUGAGAAAAUCGGUUGCAAGCUGGCGGAAGGCCAGCUUUUCAUAAUAGUGAAUCGUACGUGUAGGAUGGAAUAAACGAAAAGAUUCUACUGCGUAAAAGCUCAAGAAGACUUGCAAGAAACGCGCUUCUCAUAUUUAAACGUUUCUCUUUGUUCUGUAUUGUUAAAAUAGCAUGCUCCUUUACGUUCAUGCGCUAAGGUGAUCCUUCAAUGCGACGCACAGAUAUUAGUGUUUAGGCCAUUCAACAGGGUGUUUACUUAAAUUUCGUAAAAGAAAUUCCCUGAGAAUUCCUGGAUUUCAUAGAAAUUUUGUUUAAAAUUCUAAAUAAAGUAAAAUUAGAAAAUUUUUUAAUGCA